AUGUGGGCUUUGAAGAAAUUGAAUAUGGAUUGGGAAGAGGCGACCAAGCUAAGGUUGUUUCAACUAAAUGAGAUGAAUGAAUUUCGGUACCAGUCAUACGAGAGUGCAGCACUUUAUAAAGAGAGGAUGAACCAGUAUCAUGACAAGAAAAUCCUGAAGCGAGAAUUCUACAAGGGUGAUCUCGUCUUACUGUUUAACUCUCGCUUGAAGUUGCUACCGGGUAAGUUAAAAUCAAGGUGGACUGGUCCGUUUGAGGUGGUAGGUUUUUCACUCCAUGGGGUGAUCGAACUGAAGUCAGGAGAUAGAACUCGGACAUUUAAGGUGAAUGGGCAGAGGGUGAAGCACUAUCAUGGGAUGGUUGAUGGGGAUAGAAUUGUUGACCGAUACCGGUUGAAGCACCUCGGAACGAAUGCUGACCCGGUGUUUGUUGAUAAGGAGUGA